AGAUUGGGUCCAAGGAGCGCUUGCGCUCCGUUGAUUCGGUUGUUUUCAAACGGCCAUGCCAGUCGGGCGUGCAACGAUAAGGCUCAACAAAGAUGACAUGUUUCUUACUGUGCGGGACGCCCCCUUCGUGAAAGCCCGCCAACAUGUGGCGGCAUUGGUGGCGUCAAACCAAUGCCACUUGAAGACCGUAAUGCAGCAGACUUUGUUAUUCUUUGCUGCUGCACGAUAUGGAGAAGAUGAAGAGGCCCUGGAGCUUUGUCAAACUCUCCUCUGGGCUGGCGUCCCGCUCGAGCAUCCCGAUGACAAUUUGCAGACCGCCUUAUUUUAUGCUGCCCGCCAAGGGCACGUCAACACGUGCAAUUUUCUUGUCUGCAGCAAGGCAGACGUAAAUAAACUUGACAAGUUCGGCGAGACAGCGCUUUUUUACGCCGUUCGCCGCUGCAGAAUCACUGCAGUGGAGAAGCUGCUCGACCACGGAGCAGAUUUCGAGGUCGUCAACCACAAGCAGCACAACGUGAUGACAACGGCCUCAGACGAGCUGUGCGCCAUCUUCCAGGAGGCGCGGAAAAAGAGGCGCCUGGAAGUGACGGAAGGUGCAUCCGAGGUGCCCUCGAGCAAGCGGCCCCGAAGUGCGCUUGAGCGGCUGGAAGCAUGGGCCGACGAGUGGCCCAUGCAACAGCCGAAGAUCGAGACGGCAGACUAUAAGCCCAAGGACUUGCUGAGAUCAGAGGGCAAGUUCGCCGUGGUCAAGGUGAAUUCGCCCCUUGCCGCAGCCAAGCUGCGGGUUCUGGAGAAGAACUUUGUCGUGGAUCAUGCCAAGCUUGUGGCAGAGGAGGUGUGGUUCCCCAAACUGACGCAUGAGCACUGGUGCAACGCAGUGAGCGUCAUGAGCGACCACUUGGAGGCACCCAAUGAUGCAAUCAACGGCAUUAAGACCGUUCUAUCGGGUGCGAAUCCAGUGCACUUCACACUGCCAGCGAUCGUUACGGCAAACAAAGAGAUCGCUGGCUACGUACAUUGCACCCUCAGCGAAGACAAAAAGGCCCUUAACAUUUCGCACAUCAAAGUUGCUCGGACGAAAUGAGCUCUCCAGAUUUGUUCAAUUGUUCUCUUUGCCUUUUGGGUUUAGAAACCUUCCGAGGGCCUGGCCAGAAAAUGCAAAUUUAGCACUUUCUUGGUGGAUAGCUGUUGGACAGACAGCUCUCAGGUCGAUGGUAAGCACAGCGGCAAAGGCCUUGGUGGGCUCCUUUUGGAGGCAGCUGAAGAUUUUAGCCACCGCCUUGGUUGGCAGUGUGAGACAGUGGAGUUGAGCGUGUUAGCCAGGAACCGCCGCACUGUCCGUUGCUAUGAGAAAGCUGGAUUCAGCUUUGCUUCGGAAUCCGAAGCAGGCUGGGGACCAAAGAAGUUCUCGGCUUCUAAAUGGCAACGAUUCAAAAAGGUGCACAAGCACCAUGUGAAGAAGGGAUCCAAGAAAGGACCCGAGGAGUUGACCAAGCAGUGAUGCAAUCUUGAACGCAGUUUCACCCGGUUGCCGUCUGCAGCUUGACAGCUUUCCGUCAAC